AUGCCUCUCACAGCAGCAUCCCCGGAGUAUUUACAUGUCCUUCAAAAUGUAUCACUCAUUCUCUUAGCGGCAUUCUUUACACCUUUAUGUACAUUCAUUGCUGUUUGCGCCUGGAUCACCUCUCCAUUUACCAGCAUCGCAAAGCACAUCAAGCAUCACCGGGAAUGGCGCCAGAAAUCUUCACCCACCUUCAGACCACGCACGAUUCUGGUCACGGGAGUGGGAAUGAGUAAAGGUCUUACUCUCGCUCGAGCAUUCUACCGCGCAGGUCAUCGUGUUAUCGGCGCGGAUUUCGAACCGUAUUAUGUUCCUGUGUCAGGCCAUUUCUCAAAGUCCAUUGAGAAAUUCUUUAGGCUGGAGAAACCGAGCCAGAAAACUGGUUCGGCGGGGUAUAUUCAGGAUUUGGUGUCUGUGAUCAAGAAGGAAGGAGUGGAAUUGUGGGUUAGUUGUUCGGGUGUUGCGUCGGCCGUGGAAGAUGGUGAAGCAGCUGAGCUCGUGGAGAAGGAAACGGGUUGCAAAGCUGUACAGUACGGCCCUACGUUGACGGAAACGCUGCAUGAGAAACAUUCUUUUAUUGAACAUACCAAGAAAUUGGGUCUCAAUGUGCCUACUACGAGGCUUGUUACUUCUGAGACGGAAGCACUAAGUGCGUUGUAUCCAUCAGCACGUUCGUCUCCUCGACUAGAGAAACCGCAAUUCAUCGCAGCGGAGAAAUAUAUUAUGAAGCCUGUUGGAAUGGACGACACACUUCGAGCCGACAUGACGUUACUCCCACUCCCCACGAUCAAAGAAACAGAAGCUCAUGUCAGACGUAUGAACCCAACGCCCUUCCGACCAUUUGUCCUCCAACAAUUCAUCUCCGGUCCAGAAUACUGCACCCACACCCUCGUCAUCAACGGCGAAAUAAAGUGUUUCGUCGCCUGUCCCUCUUCGGAUCUUCUAAUGCACUACAUCGCGCUCCCUACCAACUCCGCUCUAUCUCAGGCUAUGUACGCCUACACCGUCGAAUACACCCAGAAGACUACCCCCAAAAUGACCGGGCACUUCUCUCUUGAUUUCCUCGUCCCAGGCCCCAUCGCCAGGAACGCCGAACAAACCUUCGGAGCCUCGGACGAGGAGAUUCAGGGCCUCAUGAAACAUUUAUAUCCCAUUGAAUGUAACCCCCGCGCUCACACCGCCGUCGUCCUUUUCUCAGACGAGAGCGAAGACCUAGCCGACGCAUACGUAGAAUACCUACCCGACCACGAACCCAAAGGGAUUUCCACCACUCACUCCGACCCGCAUGAACUCAUCGUCCCCGCGCCAUCCAUCCCAGGAUACUACUGGAUAAACCACGACAUCGUCUCACUCCUGCUAUUUCCCAUUUUACGACUUCUCAGAGGCGAAAUCGGGAUUACAGAGGUAGUUGAGAGGUGGACGACGUUCGUGGAACACGUGUUGUUCUGGCGAGAUGGGAAUUUUGUGGUGUGGGAUCCGUGGCCGUGGUGGUGGAGUAUUGUGGGGUAUUGGCCUGCUAUGUUUUUGGUCUGUUUGUGGGAGAGGAGGUGGUGGAGUAGGUGUAAUGUUAGUACGGGGAAGUUGUUUGAGUGCUGA